AUGGAUUCAUCCCAAAUAUCAUCAUCCUCUCUUUCUUCAAAUGGAACCGUUGAGUAUUGCAAUUCUGUCUUGGCCGCAUUUGAUCUGGAACAAGAUUUGUUACUUCGUAUGUGUGCUAACAACAAUCUCCUCUUAGCAGAAAAUCUCGACGGCGAAGAAGAUGAUGCUCAAUCAUGCCGGAGAGGUGCAAUUCCUGGUCACAUAGUUGUUUAUCGUGAUCGAGAAGCUGCUGCACACAAUUUGUUUACAGAUUAUUUUGCGGAGGUCCCCCGAUUUGGUGAGCAAAAAUUUCGCAGACGUUUUCGAAUGAGUAAAAGUUUAUUUUAUCGGAUUGCUGAUGCGGUCAAAAAUCAUGACAAUUUCUUUAUGCAACAACGCGAUGGAAUUGGUAGGCUCGGAUUGUCAUCCUUUGUAAAAAUCACAGCUGUUUUUCGAAUGCUUGCAUAUGGUGUACCAGCUGAUUCUCUCGAUGAAUACUUAAAAAUUGGUGAGUCCACAGCAAUUAGAUGCAUGAAAAAGUUUUGUCGGGCUAUUGUAGAAAUAUUUGGAGAGCAAUAUCUCAGAAAACCAACAGCUAUUGAUGUUGCAAGACUCCUUCAUAUUGGUGAAGAACGUGGGUUUCCUGCUGCAGGUAAAUCACCUCCAUGUCAUUAUUUUAUUAAGGAUAAGGCUUAUGAUGUCGGUUAUUACUUAGCUGAUGGCAUAUAUCCCAAGUGGUCCACACUUGUUCAAACAAUUCAUGAUCCUCAAGGACGAAAAAAACAAUUUUUUGCCACAAAGCAAGAAUCAUGUAGGAAAGAUGUUGAACGUGCUUUUGGAGUACUUCAAUCACGUUGGGCAAUUGUUAAGGGUGCAGCACGUUUUUGGGAUAAACGUGUUUUACAUGAUAUAAUGACUACAUGCAUCAUUAUGCACAAUAUGAUCAUUGAGGAUGAGCGUGAUUUGACAGCUCCGAUUAGAGAAUUUAAUCAGGCGCCAGCCCCUACUGUUGAGAUGGUCGUUGAUGAAGAUGCACGAUUUAAUCAGUUUCUUGCUCGAAAUAGUUCUCGUGUGUUACAUUUAUUACUUACAUUUGGUAGUCCUUUACAAUUUUCAAGUGGAUUCGGAGGAAGUGGUGGGAGUGGAGGAGUACCACAUGCUGGAGGAAGUAGUGGGUUUGGAACAAGUAGCGGUGGAGGAGUGCCUCAGUACAAUGAAAGUGGUGGAUUCGGAACAAGCGAUGGUUAUGGAGGAAGUGAUGCUAAUCUACCGGAAUACUAG